UGAACAUGACAUGACAUUGUAAAAAGGCCUCUAAAGGCAAAGAAGAACAGAAAGAAAAAAGUUUCCUAAAUGUAUAACCCUAAUUCUGAGAAUCAAGCUAAGCAGUUUGAAGCAAUGGAAAAUCCCCAGAAUCAAAGUAACGAGUGGGAAGUGAUGGCUAAAGCAUGGCUCUCCACGCUUCCUGAGGACAAAACAAUAAGCCCAGAUGAAAUCCAGGCUUGGCUCCAAUCAAACCAAGCCCAUCUACCUGAUCACAUCAAGUCCAUGGCCCCACCUCAGCUGCACCAACGUCUUGCUUCCAUUCACUCUGCUAUAUUGCAACCCCGUCAGGAAAAUGAUGUAAACUAUGACCAUCGAUUUCAGCGCACUGAUCAAUGGUUACCAGUUUAUACUUGGUUAGAGUCUAUAAAAGAUACAGAAGAAGUAGUAACGUCGAAAGAUGUAUUGGACUGGCUAUCUGCAAACCCAGCUGUCAGAGAUGAUUUACAAUCAAAACACUCCCGUGGUCACUUGAUGCACUACAUUAAACAGUGUCAUCUCAAAAUUUUGAAGAGGAGGAAGGGAUUGCCUAUAACCAGUAAAGCAAAAACAGACAUCUUUUCAAAAGGUGAAGGAAGAAAACUGGCAGUUCCCCUUCCAUGCAACAUGAUGAAUAAAUUACCUACUGACAGUGACUUGUACAUCGCAAAACGCAGUGAAGCUUUGCACAAAUACGAGAUUUUGGUUGAUUUGGAGAAACAGCUUUCUACCCUUUUCCCUAAGCCACAGCUUUUAAACAAGUGAAUCUCCGAAUUCUGGUAGAUGUGGUGCCGAAAAUGCCAGUUUGGCAAACUUGUAGUCUCUUAUCAAUCGAGCUUCUUUGGCAUCUCCCUAUUUCUUGUAUAUGUAGGUGUAUGUAAAUGUAGAUGACCUACAUGUAAAUUUAGAUCUUUUUUAUUAGUAGAAAAGUUUGUACUUAUCUUGCCUCUUGUAUAACAUCACGCUUGUCGUGUUGGUUGAAUGUCAGAUUGGCCCUCGUUUGAUGUACUA